UCUAGUACGACGCAACCAUGACACCCGACAACAGCCAAAUCAAACUUGUUUUCAAAAAUCAAACGAUUUUUUUGACCGGGGCAACAGGAUUUCUGGGCAAAGUCAUGAUCGCUAAACUAUUGAGAGACUGUGAAGAUAUUAAAAAGAUCUACAUUCUGCUACGAUCCAAAAAAGGGAAGAACAGUGAGCAACGCUUUGAAGAAAUUUUUGAGCAACCUUGUUUUGAGUUCUUAAAAUCAAAAACUAGCAACUGGAAGGAAAAAGUUUCGGUGGUUGAAGGGGAUUGUGAGCAACCUUUCUUAGGAAUAAGCGACGAUAAUUUGAAAAUUUUGAAGAAUGAAGUUAAUUUUAUUAUCCAUCUUGCGGCAAAUGUAAGGUUUGAUCAGAGCCUGAAAAAAGCUGCUAACAAUGUUAAAUGUACUGCAGAUCUUUUGGAAUUGAGUAAGGACAUAGUUAAUUUAAAGUGUUUCGUUCUUGUAUCGACAGCUUAUUCCAAUUCCAUACAUUCUCACAUUAAGGAAGAGAUAUACGAUCCGCCCAUACAGCCCGAACUUUUGUUGAGUAUGGUAAAUGGCCUAGACGAGAGUGUUUUGACAAAUUUAACUCCCGCAUUAUUAUCAAAGAAAUGGGCGAACACUUACGUCUACAGCAAAUGCAUUUCUGAAUAUUUAAUGAAAAAUGCAACCAAACAUUUUCCAGCUGCUAUAGUUCGGCCAUCAAUUGUGAUGAAUUCAGUAAGAGAACCAGAAUCAGGGUGGAUUGACAACAUAUAUGGGCCCAUUGGUUUAGUGAUAGGAGUAGCUCUUGGUAUCAUUAGAACUUUGCAUGGAGAUGAUAAGGUGUCGGCACAUGUCGUACCAGUGGAUUACGUUUGUAAUUGUAUUUUAGCAGCUGCGUGGAAAACCACAAAAGAAAGAAAAUCUAAUACUAAAGUUUUUAAUUACAUUGGAUUUCAAAGGAAGCAGCUUAAAUGGGGUAUAUGUAUAUUGGGACAGUUUGGUUCCUACAUGAAUUCUUUGUACUGGAGAAUGCCCCCCCAGGAUUUAAUUUGGUAUAGUGAUGGCAAACACCACGGAAAACUGUAUAACCAGAUUCACACGUUCCUGUUGCACACGAUUCCAGCAUACCUUAUUGAUGCCUUUCUGUAUUGUAUAGGAAAACCAACCAUUGCUGUCAAGGCCUACGCCAAAAUCGAUAAAGUUCUUAACCUUCUGUCGUAUUUUUCUACCAAGAAUUUUGAUUUUGAUGAACAUAACGUGCAAGAUUUGUGGACGGAAAUGAACGAAGACGACAAAAUGUUUUUUAAUUUCUCAAUGGAAAAGUUACAGUGGAAAAAUUAUUUUUACACCUGUGUUGUAGGAUUCAGGCGCUACAUCACAAAAGAUCCAGCUAUCGUCAGUACAAAAACAUACGUAAAAUUGUUCACUUUUAUGAUAGCUCAUUAUCUAGUUAUCGCAAUUUUCUAUUAUUUGUUAUAUAAAUUUGUUAUGUUUUUUUUUAAUUUCUUCUGGUUAAAUUAA